GCGCUGACGUCACGGCGGGACCGCCCCUGGCGCCGAGCGCGGCGGUCGCAGUCCCCGCUGCAGCGCGCUCCGAGCCGGCGGGACCGGGGCCUCUAUCGCGGGACCGGCCGGCCCCAGCCGAACCGAACCGGAGCGCUCCCGCCUGCCGCCGUGCCCCGCCCCGCCCGGUGCCGCGGGCGGCCGCGGCCCGUCCCGCCGCCUCCUCCUCCUCCUCAGGAUGUCGGUGCCGGAGCCCGCCGGCGGCGAGGAGGUGAAGCAGGCCAAGGAGGCGGAGGACGCCGAGAAGUACUCCUUCAUGGCCACCGUCACCAAGGCCCCCAAGAAGCAAAUCCAAUUUGCAGAUGACAUGCAGGAGUUUACCAAGUUCCCAACGAAGACGGGACGUCGGUCCCUGUCCCGUUCCAUCUCGCAGUCUUCCACCGACAGCUACAGCUCUGCUGCCUCCUACACAGACAGCUCUGAUGAUGAGGUGUCUCCUCGAGAGAAACAACAAACCAACUCCAAAGGCAGCAGCAAUUUCUGCGUGAAGAACAUCAAGCAGGCAGAGUUUGGGCGCCGGGAGAUCGAGAUCGCUGAACAAGACAUGUCUGCUCUGAUUUCACUCAGGAAACGCGCUCAAGGCGAGAAGCCUCUGGCUGGAGCUAAAAUCGUGGGCUGUACCCACAUUACAGCACAGACUGCGGUGCUGAUCGAGACGCUGUGUGCGCUGGGAGCACAGUGCCGCUGGUCUGCCUGUAACAUCUAUUCCACCCAGAACGAAGUGGCAGCUGCCUUGGCAGAAGCUGGUGUUGCCGUGUUUGCCUGGAAGGGGGAGUCGGAGGAUGACUUCUGGUGGUGCAUUGACCGCUGCGUUAACAUAGAUGGCUGGCAGGCCAACAUGAUCCUGGAUGACGGUGGGGACCUGACCCAUUGGGUCUAUAAGAAAUACCCCAAUGUUUUCAAGAAGAUCCGAGGGAUUGUGGAGGAGAGCGUGACGGGUGUGCACAGGCUGUACCAGCUCUCCAAGGCUGGGAAGCUGUGUGUCCCAGCCAUGAACGUGAAUGAUUCUGUCACCAAACAGAAAUUUGACAACCUGUAUUGCUGCCGGGAAUCCAUCCUGGACGGCCUGAAGAGGACCACAGAUGUGAUGUUUGGAGGGAAGCAAGUGGUGGUUUGUGGUUAUGGGGAGGUUGGCAAGGGAUGCUGUGCCGCUCUGAAGGCCCUGGGAGCGAUCGUCUACGUCACGGAGAUUGACCCCAUCUGUGCUCUCCAAGCUUGCAUGGAUGGAUUUCGGGUGGUGAAGCUGAGUGAAGUAAUCCGUCAGGUGGAUGUUGUCAUCACCUGCACAGGAAACAAGAACGUCGUGACCAGAGAACACCUGGAUCGGAUGAAGAACAGCUGCAUCGUGUGUAACAUGGGCCACUCCAACACCGAGAUCGAUGUGACCAGCCUCCGCACCCCAGAGCUGACCUGGGAGCGGGUCCGUUCCCAAGUGGACCACAUCAUCUGGCCGGACGGGAAGCGCGUGGUGCUGCUGGCCGAGGGCCGUCUUCUCAACCUGAGCUGCUCCACAGUUCCCACCUUCGUUCUCUCCAUCACGGCCACCACUCAGGCUCUGGCUCUGAUUGAGCUCUACAACGCUCCCGAGGGCCGUUACAAACAGGACGUGUACCUGCUGCCCAAGAAGAUGGACGAGUACGUUGCCAGCUUGCAUCUGCCUUCAUUCGAUGCCCACCUGACAGAACUGACGGAUGAUCAGGCGAAAUACUUGGGACUCAACAAAAACGGGCCUUUCAAACCCAAUUACUACAGAUACUGAUGGACCAUACCCAUGAAGGACCAGACCACACAAGGCAACAUUAGAGAGAUUAUUUUUAAAGAUCAUUUUAUUUUGGUUUACCUUUUUCUUUUUUUUUUAAAAAAAAAAACCAACAGAGAAACCUGUUUUUACAUUUAUCAGUGUGAUUUUAAGGUCACUUUAUAUUUCUUUUUUCUCAGUUUCACCCUUUUACAUGAUCACAUCUCUGAUCUUGGCAGACAACCUGGGAUUUGCUUCUUGCUUUCAUGUGGCUGAAGCUGCUGGUGGCUCCCAGCCCUGGCUCCUGGAGAGGGUUUCCCUCUCCUGAUACGCCAAGGGCAGUUCAUUCCUGCAGCGAUAUUUUUAUUUUGUUGGGGUUUUUUUAACCCUUUCCAGCCCGUGUUAGUCUCGGCCGGGAUCCCUACAGUUACAGAGAUGCUGUUCUACCUUAUCUUAUGUUUCUUUCUUUGUGUGGAUUAUCUGCAACUUCUAAAUUGCCUUAAAGAGCCCAGUUUUAGCUGCUAGAUCAACGCUCCUAGCGCUGCUAGGGAGCAGAGUGGCGCCUGCUGGCCACCGUGCGAAUAGGUGACUGUCCCCAAGCCCUGCCAAGGUCCCUGAGCCGAGGUGACCCAGAUUUUGGUGGCUACUGGCCCAGGUUUGGUGGCUGGCCAGGUACGGGAGAGUUCACUGUUUCAGGGUGCUAAUCUGAAUUCGGACGGGGGUCACUCACCCAGAAUUAUCCUCAUCUCUCCUAGGUUUUUUAGCCAAACUGCACCUUAAUUGAGUUUAAACAUUUUUUUUGUUUGUUUUGUUUUUUUCUCUUUUCCUGUUUGAUCCUUAAAGAGAUGUUUGGAAAGGGAGGGGAAGCAUCAGGAGCGCGGCUGCCUGCCGAGUGAGCGCUCACGGCAUGUGAGCAGCCUCAUCUCCUGCUGAGAAGCGUGGGGUGGUUUUUAGGGUGCCUGGGGUUGUUUUGUUGGGUUUUUUGGGGGGUGUUUCACUUCUUGUUUUGAGACAGACGCAGAGCUGAGCCUUCCCCGUACCCCAGCGUCUGCACCACGCAUCCCUGCGCAGAGCCCUUGGCUCUCUUUUGCUGCUCUGGCCCUCCACCUGGGCUUUCUCAGCCUGCCUGCCCUCCCGCAGCAUGUUUCAGCUGCUCUCAUCGCCUCCUUCAUCCCCUUCCCCGUCCUCGCUGGUGAUGUGUUUCUCUUUUUCCAUCUCUUGCAGCUUGUCCCAGGAUGGGGGAAGCUCCUUGCAACCCAGUGAGGUUUCUCUUGGCUUUUUUUUUUGUUUGUUUUUUAAUCCUCCCCAGAUUGCCUCUUUCUUCCCCCAGCCAAGGCCAGGGUACAGAGGGAAAGGAGGACCCCCACUGCCUGCAUCUCCCAGUACACGGAUAAUGGAGAUGCUGUGGUACCUGUGACCGGGGUCGCUUCUUCACCUCCAGGCAUCCUGUCCCGGGGCUGGGUCCCUCCCUGGGGCUUUGCAGGAUUUGGGGUGCCGCUGCUUCCCUGGGGGGUGCAAAGAAAGAUGUCAUGAGGGAUGCUUGUCGCUUUGAUCCCCCUCUUUUCCCCUCCUGCUCCUCCUCCUUCAACUACCCCUCUCUCUUGCCCUGCCCGGUCUCCUCCUGGACUGUCGCUGCAUCACUCUCUCUCUCCAUGGAUUUUGGGGAUCACCUGCCUCGCAGGGACCCCUCCACCAUCCCUCAACCUUCCCGGGGGACUUGUGCCUGGCUCGGUGAGCCAGGAUGGAUGGCUGCGGGGAGGGAGCAAGAGCGUCUCCCCUUCCCCCCGGGGGGACCCAUGCCCAGACCCCCUCUGUGCUUUUGGGGGUCACGGUCUCCCCCUUUCCCAUCCCCGUUAGGGUUGAACCUCGGUGUAAGGGCUCCAUCUCUGUAUAAGCCAUGUCGUGGGGGGAAGAGCCCGGGGAUGGCAGCGUGGGGCCAGGAGGGAGAGGUUUAUUUUGUAUAUGAAUGAUUUUUAAUGAAUGCAAUAUUAAUCCUUGCAGAUGAGCAAUAAAUCAUUAAAGUCUAAUUAAACUAUUAGGAAAAA